UCAAUUAAGCAGAAGUUAAUGAAAGAAUUAUUCUCCCAAACCCUAAGCACUUUCUAUCUCCUAAUUUCUUUUCUUCCCUAAUCUAAGGCUUCGGCCGAUUCUUAUUCUUUUCUUCUUCUUCCCUAAAUCCUCAAUCUCAAUCCCCAAUUCCCUCACCAAAUUCCUAAAUUCCCAAUCAACCAACACUAUCGAUAGAACCUUAGAAAUAGGUUUCUAUCAUCUAGUAUCAGAGCCCCGUUCCGAAGAUGAGUUUGUCACAACUCUCAACGGGGACGAGUUCUAUAGCGAUGGCAAUACACUCUUUUGAGACCUUUCCUGCUGCGAUGGCGACAGUUGAGGCCACCCUCACUCAAGCAAUCUCUCAGCAGUUCGCAGAACUUCGUGCAAUGAUUGCAGACCUCCCCCAAACCGCGAUUGCCAAUGAGCAGCCGCAAAACUCAGUUUCUGAGACGGCCGAACCAGUGCUGCCGGAGGAGAUUAUAGCCACACCGUUAUUCCCUUCCACUGCAGCUUCACCACCACUGCGGCUUGUUGUGGUGGAACAACCAUCCAAGGAGUCUAAUCCACCGGCUGCGAACGAAAAAGAAGAACCAGGAGAAGAUUGGGUCGCGACGGAGACGACCAGAUCUCCGUCUUUGCAGUCGACGAGAAGAAGAUGGCUGAGAUUCAGCCACAGCCGACACCAAUAGUCGCACCGACUGCUGCAGUGGUCGAUGAAUCGACCUCAGCAACCCUCACCAAUAACUUCGUUGUUCCAUG